GCCCCCGUCCCCGGGCUCGGCCUCGGCCAGGUCUGAUUCGCAGCGCGGGCCCGCCCCGGAGGCUCUCGGAGAGCGCGGCGCGGUAACAAGUGGGCGAGGAUGCCGUACGAGAUCAAGAAGGUGUUCGCCAGCCUCCCCCAGGUGGAGAGGGGCGUCUCCAAAAUCCUUGGCGGCGACCCUAAGGGCAACAAUUUUCUGUACACCAAUGGCAAGUGCGUCAUCCUAAGGAACAUCGACAACCCAGCCCUUGCUGACAUCUACACGGAGCAUGCCCAUCAGGUGGUGGUGGCCAAGUACGCGCCCAGUGGAUUCUACGUCGCCUCUGGAGAUGUGUCCGGGAAGCUAAGGAUCUGGGAUACCACGCAGAAGGAGCACCUGUUGAAGUAUGAGUACCAGCCUUUCGCUGGGAAGAUUAAAGACAUUGCUUGGACUGAAGACAGUAAGAGGAUCGCUGUGGUCGGGGAAGGACGGGAGAAGUUUGGAGCUGUCUUCCUGUGGGACAGUGGCUCUUCCGUAGGCGAGAUCACAGGCCACAACAAAGUCAUCAACAGCGUGGACAUCAGGCAGAGCAGGCCAUACCGGCUGGUAACAGGGAGUGAUGACAAUUGUGCUGCGUUCUUCGAAGGACCCCCAUUCAAGUUCAAGUUUACCAUUGGCGACCACAGCCGCUUUGUCAACUGUGUGCGAUUCUCUCCCGACGGGAACAGAUUUGCCACGGCCGGUGCUGAUGGCCAGAUUUGCAUCUAUGAUGGGAAGACAGGAGAGAAAGUGUGUGUGCUGGGAGGAAGCAAAGCCCACGACGGAGGCAUUUAUGCUAUUAGUUGGAGCCCUGAUAGCACACAUUUGCUUUCUGCUUCUGGAGACAAGACUUCCAAGAUUUGGGAUGUCAACGUGAACUCCGUUGUCAGCACAUUUCCCAUGGGCUCCAGUGUCCUGGACCAGCAGCUGGGCUGCUUGUGGCAGAAGGACCACCUCCUAAGCAUCUCCCUGUCUGGGUACAUCAACUACCUCGACAGGAACAACCCCAGCAAGCCCCUGCGGGUCAUCAAGGGCCACAGUAAAUCCAUCCAGUGUCUGACGGUGCAUAAAAACGGUGGCAAGUCUUACAUCUACUCGGGGAGCCACGAUGGACACAUUAAUUACUGGGAUUCAGAGACAGGGGAGAAUGACUCCUUCGCUGGGAAAGGCCACACAAAUCAGGUGUCCAGAAUGACUGUAGAUGAGUCUGGACAGCUCGUCAGCUGCAGCAUGGACGACACCGUGCGGUACACCAACCUCUUGCUGAGGGACUACAGUGGACAAGGAGUUGUGAAACUGGACGUCCAACCAAAGUGCGUGGCUGUUGGCCCUAGGGGAUAUGCCGUGGUCGUGUGCAUCGGGCAGAUCGUCCUGCUGAAGGAUCAGAAAAAGUGCUUCAGCAUCGACGACCCUGGCUAUGAGCCCGAAGUCGUGGCAGUGCACCCUGGUGGCGAGAUGGUGGCUGUUGGGGCUGCGGAUGGCAACGUCCGCUUGUACUCCAUCCUGGGCACCACGCUGAAGGACGAGGGCAAGCUCCUGGAGGCCAAGGGCCCCGUGACUGACGUGGCCUACUCCCACAACGGCGCCUUCCUUGCUGUGUGCGAUGCCAGCAAGGUGGUCACAGUGUUCAGCGUUGCCGAUGGCUACUCGGAGAACAAUGUUUUUUAUGGACACCACGCAAAAAUCGUCUGCCUGGCCUGGUCACCAGAUAACGAACACUUUGCCUCUGGCGGCAUGGACAUGAUGGUGUACAUCUGGACCCUGAGUGACCCGGAAACCAGAGUCAAGAUCCAAGAUGCACACCGGCUGCACCACGUCAGCAGCCUGGCCUGGCUGGACGAGCACACGCUGGUCACCACCUCCCACGACGCCUCCGUCAAGGAGUGGACAAUCACCUACUGAGGAACCCGCCACCUCUGGACAGACCGAAUCAGGGACUAGAGUUUACCUGCAGCGGAACAUGUUAUUUCUCUAACUAUUUCUGUCACGCACCCCCGGCCCCCGCCCCGCCUCGGGAGGGACGAGGACCUUAACAUUACCCUCGUCUACCUACAGGGUGUUCAUGUCUGUACACGUCUUUCUGAAAGCUUUAGACAGUAACAGUUUGCACAUGGAAAAUAAAAUGAGCACUUAAACAUCAAGUGAAGCAUAACUAAAAACCCACAACCCAGCCAGACCUUGAGAAUGCAGAACAUUCCAGAGGCCGCAGCCUCAAAAGCACACGGAUACCCCAGCCCCAGUGGCUCUUUGUCUGUCAGAGGAGGUUGUACAGAUGGUGCGCCACAGCUCCCACUUCCUACCUGCAGAGCAUCUCUGCACCAGUGAGCAGGGGCUGCUGGUUGCAGUGUAGCAGAGCCCAAGUUCUGUGCGGGGCAGGUGUCUCUCUAUUCCGUUGCAUGCGAGUCACACCACGUGGCCGCCUCCAGAUCAGACAGGACACACACAGAAACUUGGAUGCAUCUCAUCGUCAGAUUUUGUGCUUGAUUUUAAGAAUGGGAUCGUGGGAUUUUUUUUUUUUUUUUUUUUUUUUUUUUUUUUUUCCUUUUUUUGAUGUGUCUUAACUGUUGCCUGUCAGUGUUUACAAGCUAGCGUGUUGACGGCACCGUGUCCAGGUUUUUGGAGCCCUUGUUAGCCAGACCGAGGUGUCCCGGUCACUGUUUACCAUCCUGCUUCAAUGUUUUCUUGUCUCUCUCUCCCCUUCUGCCCCGCAAGAGCAAAGAUUAAUUUAAGGGCAAAGAUGAAGUCACUGUAAACUAAUCUGUCAUCGUUUUUACCUUCCUUUUCUUUUUCAGUGCAGAUAUUAAAAGUAAGUAUAAAGCACCAUGAUUUGGAGUUUCUUUGCGUGUGUCGGAAUCACUGGUAAAUGUUGGCUAAGAACAAUCCCUCUCCCUUGCACUUGUGAAAACACUUUGAGCGCUUUAAGAGAUUAGACUGAGAAACAAUUAAAUAUCUUUUCUCUUCA